AUGGAGCCUGCAGAUCUUCUGGCACUUGCCUGCCCAGGAAUGAACAGUACCACAGCCACCCUGGCACUGCUGGCAGUCCUGCUGGUCCUGCUGUAUUGGUACUCCACAUCUGCAUUCUCCAAACUGAGCGGAGUAGGGAUCCAACAUCCUCCACCUCUUCCCUUCAUUGGAAACCUGCUCUUUUUCUGUGAGGGUUUUUGGGAGAGCCACACAAAACUCAUAAAAGAGUAUGGACCUGUUUGUGGGUAUUAUAUUGGUCGCCAGAUGUUUGUGGUGGUCUCCUCACCAGAGAUGAUCAAGCAAAUCUUAGUGGCAGAUUUUAGUAACUUCACCAACAGAACUAAGCCGAAGUUGAUAUCCAAGCCAAUGCUUGAUAGCAUCCUUUGUCUUCGUGAUGACAGAUGGAAGUUUGUGCGGAGCCUCCUGACCCCAGCCUUCAGCGAUACCAAACUGAAAGAGAUGACACCAUUGAUAAACAAGAUUUGUGACACUCUGCUGUGUAACUUGAAAGUCUACGCAGAUUCUGGCAAAGCUUUUGAUAUCCAGAGGUGUUACAACUGCUUUACCUUGGAUGUCGUUGGUAGCGUAGCUUUUGGUACUGAGGUGGAUUCUCAGAAGAAUCCUGAUGACCCCUUUGUUAAGAAUUCCAGAACAUUCUUUGAAAUGUCUUUGUUUAAGCCUCUUCUCAUUCUAAUCCUUUCUUUCCCAUUCAUAAUGAUCCCAUUGCUACGCAUUUUUCCCAGCAAGAAGCAAAAGGAACUGAAUGAAUUUUUUAUACAAACCAUAAAAAAUGCAAUUGUCCACAGACACCAGCAAGAUGCAGCUCAGAGGCGCAGAGAUUUUCUCCAGUGGAUGCUUGACGCCUGUGACUCAGCCAUGGCAGCCGGGUGCUCGGCUGUGCUCAGCCCAUCUGCUGCUCCCAGACAGGAUGAGGCGCCUCUGGCUGGCACAGCCCCAUCUGAAAAGGCUCAGAAGAUGCUGACAGAGGAUGAGAUAGCAGGCCAAGCUUUCUUGUUCCUGAUUGCUGGCUACGAGACCACCACGAGCACGCUGUCCUUUGCCACCUACUUGCUGGCCACCAACCCGGAGUGCCAGGAGAAGGUGCUGCGGGAGGUCGAUGAGUUCUCUGCAAAACAUAUGGUCCCUGAUUGCCAAAAUGUACAAGAACUCCCUUAUCUGGACAUGGUGAUUGCAGAGACGUUGCGCAUGUACCCACCUGCGUUCAGAUUCACUAGGGAAGCAGCUAAAGACUGCAUAGUGCUGGGGCAGCAUAUUCCAGCUGGAGCUGUCAUUGAAAUUGCAGUUGGACACCUUCACCACAACCCUGAGUUCUGGCCAGAACCUGAGAAGUUCAUUCCUGAGAGGUUUACAGAGGAGGCCAAGAAGGAACGACAUCCCUUUGCAUACCUGCCCUUUGGGGCAGGACCCCGUGGCUGCCUUGGCAUGAAAAUGGGUUUGUUGGAGACAAAAAUUACUCUGCUGAGGAUUUUGCAGAAGUUUAAAUUCAAGACCUGCCCAGAGACUGAGAUUCCUUUGCAGCUCAAAUCAAAAGCCACACUUGGACCAAAAAAUGGAGUCUACAUCGUGCUGGAAUCUCGCUAAAAGGGAAUGUACAUCCUUGAGCUUCCUGGAAUG